AUGCCCCGGCUGACGCCGGGGCGCAAGGCUGUUGGGGCGGGGCAGGACUAUUUGCGGAUCGGGCCACAAUGCCACAGGCCUGAUAUGCAUAAAUUAAACAUACUGGAGUCCUGCCGCCUGUUUGCGCGGCGCCAACCCGCAGGACCACUUGCGCGCUUCCCGCGCCUGUGGGCGCUCUGCGCAGGGAGCAACUGCAAAGGACACCGGGGGCGAACAGAAGCCGCCCGGCGCGGGAGGGUGGCGCGAGAGGGUUGCGCGAGAGGGUGCGCGAGAGGGUGGCGCGAGAAGGUGCGCGAAAGGGUUCGGGCCAGCCAGCCUAUGCAUGAAAAGGCCACAAAAGAAUCAGCCUCGUGCCGGGCGGAUUCAGGUUUUUCUACCCCUCUCGCGCGCCCUCUUUUUGACCUCUCCCGAGAGGUGUUGCUAAUAAUCCGGCUAUACUCGCCAGCAGAGGUCUACAGAGGUGGCCGAGAGGUGGCCCAGAGGGUGCGCGAGAGGUUCGCCCUUAUUCGCGCAACCUCUCGGCACCUCUGUCCCCCUCUCGCUUACCCUCUCCCGACCCUCUCGGCCACCUCCGUCCCCCAUAGGCGCGGCUUUAGGGCGAGUCCUUCGGCGGGCUAUACUCGCGCACCCUCUCGGCCACCCUCUCGAAUGACCUCCCGCGCCACCUCUCCACCUCUGUCGACCUCUUUUUGACCUCUGUUGACCUCUUUUUUACCUCUCGGCCACCUCCCUUCGACCCUCUGUAGACCUCUUUUUUCGCAUGAAUAUAAUAGAUAAUGACCUGCCAGCUUUUUUCUGUGUGAUAAUCGAGGGCAAGCGCGUGGAGAUCAAGCCGGCCGAGAACCGGGCCCCGAACAAGGAAGUGGCUGUAUCCUGAGUAAAAACAUCCCCACACCAGAGUUGUCAUGCAAAUCUGCAUCGCAAAAAAGUUUCUCAUGCGGAGCCCCAGGAGAAGCAUUUUCUAGUCGUGUUUUGCAAUUUGUGAUGCUAGAAUCAGCAUGAUAUGCUAGAUCUGUGAUGCUGCUCAACUACUGAAACAGGAUUGCACUACAAGGACAAAUCUGUCAUGCGAAGCACCCAAAGCUGGUUGAUUUGUAUAGCAGAUUUCCCAUCUCGACUCUGGUAUGGGGACGUUUUUACACAGGAUAGGCUGCAAAGUGGACCUUGAACCCGCCGACCAUUCACGAGAUCGGCACAAACAGUGGCACGACGGGAGCUGGUGCAGACGAAGCUUCUAAACCGACUGGGGACAAUGAGACGACCACGCCGAAAUCGACGUCUGCGCCGGACCCGAAUCUGACCGACAAGCAAAACGAAAUCAAGCAGAAAUACAAAAACGCGGGGACCUACAGCAUCAAGAACGGCCUGCUCUCCCUCCCGCUGCCGGACGUGGUCGCGCACGCGCCCGAGGGCAAGAUGAGUUUUCUGGUCGACCCGGAGGAGCAGAACCCGAAAAAGUACGGCAUCACGGAGCAGAUCCUGCUGAAGCCCUACAAGGGCGGAAACAACGACAAAGGUGCUGGGAAGAACGGAAAGAAGGGAAAGGGCAAAUACGGGUCCUCGAAUGGAGCUGCGGGAGGAGACCACUACUACAACUCCUACGGGGCCGCGGGAGGUCCCCGUGGCGGAAAAAACGCGCCGCUGCAGCGGGUCGGGGGCACCGGGCAGGACGGGUAUUACCAAGUGCAACGCGAGUACAGCAAGGAGAGCUACGACAGCUAUUACUCCGGCUACUCCAGCAACCACCCGGCCGCGAACCAGCCUCCGACCUACUUCGGCGCGGCGCCGCAGGACCACCACCAAUACAACGCGCACUACAAUUCGCACCCGCGAGGACCACGUGGCCCGCCGCCGCAGCACCAGCCGCCGCCGUAUCCCUCCUACUUGCCGGCGCAGCAGCAGCAGCCGAUGGGGGUCUCUCAGAAGGGCGGGUACGCGCUGACGCAGCAGAUUGUGGACGCCAACAGCAGUUUCCCGGGCACGCCCUACAGUUCGAAGGGUACCGCUAGCCCGCUGUACGCAGACCAGCAACAGCACCUGUACCACUCGAACCCGCAGUAUGGAUGUGUCAGGAUUGAAACCGACAAAGUUGAAAUAACUUGUCAUGCAUAAAACGGAUGAAAGUUGUGACCCAGAUUUCAAGUGGUGCAUGACAAAUUUGGGUAGAGCUGAAAUCCAGUUUGUCAUGCUGUUUGGGUAAGGAGGACGCCUUUUGUCAUGCUACUUUAGCAGCUCUAUUUCUACCCCUCAACAGGCUUACACUCUGCCUCCCUUGCGUACUCUGCAAGACAGGCACUUUGUGGGUUGCAUUUUAUGCAUCACAAACUAGCUCAACUUUGACGAUUUCAAUCCUGACGCUUCCAUACGCAGACUCCGCAGCACGUGCCUGCGCCGCACCCGGCGUACCAGCAGGCGGUGUCGACCGGGCACGUAUGGAUUGCAAAAAUGUCUGGGUCUGGAAGAUUACAACUUGUAAUGGUAAAUUUGAAGCAUGCAAAAAUCUGUGUUGCAUGAGUGCCAAAAGCUGUCCACUUUUGACCACGUUGGAAGGGAGUUUCUCAUGCAGGACAGGCAUGGCAGAGACCUCGCGCAAUCUGUCACGCUAAGUCCUGCAUUCCAGACCUCAGGGGUCAUGAAAAAUCUGCAUGACAAGUCUAAACUUUUCCAGACCCAGACAUUUUUGCACUUCAUAGCACGUUCCGCCGGGCUACCAGAUGGUCAUGAUGCCGGUGAACCAGCUGCAAAACAUGCCGGGCUACCAGUUGCUUCCCUUGAACAACCCGAACGACUAUCACGACUUAUCAAGUGCAAAAAUGGCCGGGUCUGGAAGAAAGCAAGAUUUGUCAUGCAGAUUUCUCAUGACCCAUCAUGCCUGUAAUGCAUGACCCAGCAUCGCAGACUUUCAGACGUCUUCCUGAUGCACCCUCCGCAUGAGAAAUGCCCUGUCCGUGUAGCACAAACUGCACCCCUCUUGCUGGUCAUGCAGCAAUACAAAUUUUUUUAGAGUGCAAAAACAGCAUGACAAGUUGCAAUCUUCCAGACCCAGACAUUUUUGCAGUUGAUACGACUCCGAGUACCGCGAUUCCCUCGUCAUGCCGGAUUACGCCGCACAGCAGCCCGCCGGGCAUGCCGAGGUAUGGAGUUGUGUGUGAUGUUUUCAACGAACGUUGUUUUGCAUGACAAAGGACUGGCGUCUCAUCGAUUUUUGCGCAGCAUGACAAGUUGAUAAUCUGGUUCCAAUACACACGACCAUGCUGGUUCGUCGUGGACGAUUUGCAUGAUCAGCAUUACAAAUUCUUCCAAAAUUUAUUUGUCAACAACUACACAGGACUACUGGCAGCCGCGUUCCGCCGCGCAGACGGCCGGGUACUACUCGCCGGCCUCCUCGGCGCCGCGCCGUUUCCCGGCCUCCGCGCAGCCCCGGGGUGGAAAUGGCAACGUGCGCUUGCAGUGAUAAAAAACCUGCUUCGAAGAAGAAGAAGUCUGAGCAGGACUUGUUUUACUGCGAACAAGGAAAUUAUUACUUGAUUUUCAAUAACAGCUGCUGGUCGACGUUCUAAAUGAAUUUUGGAAAAAAGUCCGUCUACGAAGAAGAAGAAGUUGAAAAUCGACGGUAAUAAAUUGCUACUUAGAGGACUAUUGGGUAAAAAUAUAUCCCAGCGGGCGCUACAGAGGUUGCAGUGAUGCCCUAUUGUCCUCCAUUUAGAAAAACAAAAAGGUAGAAAAGAUGCAGCACGAUUGUAGCACACCAAGAACAUUUUGCGCAUAAAAAUCUAUAUGCUGUAGUAGAAUUACAAUUAUCUGUCCAAAGGAGUCGUUGUAUGUUGGUUUGCAAAGACGAAGUAGGUCUAAUUUACUGUUCGGUACUAAAUAAAACGGGGUAAAUACAUCAAGAAAGCGUUUACUUGUUUUCCGCUGCUUUAUUCGACAACGGAGACGGACGACCCUCGCUCAGACAUGAAUGUGAAAGCGGGCGGGGUCGGCGUCGAGAAAUCAAUUGUAUGAACCGUGAAGACAAGGACAAGGACAAGUCGAAGAAAAUAUAGUGCGCGGAGGAAAAAUAAUGACAUACUGCAGGACUUCAACAGGAUUGAUGUAUAGGGCCCUGUGCUACUUCUUCUAAAAGCUGACAACUCUGAAUAACUUUUUUGCCUCGAAACAGCUUCAUAGUCGAAGAUGAGGUUCAUCUGCACUACAAGUUUUCAAGAGUUAUGCGGCCGAUAUUUAGAGAAAGAUGAAAGCCGCUAUUUGUUUUUUCUUCCCAAUACUUGUCUCAGCAAAUUACGAUUAUACGGAUAUUAGGGCACAUUCGAUUUAAGUAGGUCAGGCACGACGAGAGUUACUAGUGGAGUAUACGACAGGAACAGAUUUUUCUCGCAGCUAGUACCGGUUUUAUUCAUUACUCGAAGGCGUGACUGUUCAGAGUAAGAGAGGAGAACAAGAAAAGUAAGUUGUUAGGCAUACUCUAUUCUUCCAGAUAUUUUCAACCCGCGUAGAUCUGCAGAAGACUCAAUAGGCGGUUUACCAUUGCUAAACUCCUCAAGCUAAACUCCGAUCUUUUUCUUCAGAUGGAAUCCUCAAUUGAUAGUAAGUGGCUUCAAGAAAAAGUUCGUGAGACAACUGCAAUUAUACGGGGUAGAAGCAGAACACGAAGAGAACAACAUAAACAUAAACACUACAGCUACAACAGCUAUGCACAGAUCAAAGACAAAUCACAUGAACAAGGCAACUGGACCUUCAUAGGCUGCUUAAAGUAGCCGGUGUGUCGCCGUAAGUAGGUAGUCGCCUUCGAAAGAGGAAGUAUUAUUCUCUCUACUAGCAUGUCUUUUUGCGUUUGCUAUUGUACAACAACUUCCGAAGUAUUCUAGUUUUACCAACAGAUGACUUGUUUUACACAACAACUUUACAACUUAAAAUCGUCAGAGAUGAACUCAAGUUCUACUUACACCUCCCUGGCUAUGAAUUUUUUCGACAAGAAAGGCUUAAAAAAAAAAAAGUAAAUUCUGCUAGUUUCGGUGUGAGUACUAGCGGAUCGAACGAGAUUUACUUAUUUCUCAGUAGGAGUUAAUUUCUGCUGUACUUUUCACCGCAGUAGUGGAAUGUGAAGGUGAAGAGUAUCGAGAACCGAAGAACCCCAAUAAGAAGUACUAUCCCGAUUUUGAAAACAUGAACUUGAACCCCCCCCACAAAAAGCAGUAGUGUAGUACGAGAAAAUCAAGAACGCAGGAGACACACUCUGCAGCAGCAGCAGCUACCGGAGGUGCUUGCACUUAUUGUUCGUGGGUCGUGCAGUCUGACUGCGACGAAGCCUGCAUUUUUUGUUCGCUGGAUGAUUCUCUUCUCCAACCGCAUCCCUUCUGUCGUUCUUUUUUGCCGCCUGUGUAGCCGCUCGAGAGCCCCUUAGCUGCGCCUGCGUUGAGCAGCCCGCUGGUAGUACUACACAGUAGUAUGUUGAAAUCUGUAAUAAAGCAGAAGUGACAAAAAGUGAUAGCGAAGGUGCAGGCAUGUUGUAGCGAGAAAGAGAAGUAGAGAACAUCAAGCAGGAAGACGAGGCAGUAGAUGCAUUGGCAUGAUGGUGAUAUUCUCACGUCACAAUGAAAAUCUGACAGAAGGCAAGAUCAGAUGGACUUCAUCUUUUAAUACAGGACCACAAACAAGAUCGCCCGAUCCAAAAGAUUGUUUUAUCCAAAGAACAACCCUUUGGAGCGAUUUAGGUACUUAUUGUCUGACCUCCUCCGACGUGCUUCGAUGCAAUUAUCAGCGUUCUAUAAUAUUCUGGAUUGGACGAGCAACGGUUCAGCAGGUUUUUAGUAGGUUUCGAAAAAAGGUUUUUUUUGUCGGACGAGCGGUUAGUAGUAGAAUCACUAGCAGUAGGCGUAUUUUCACAACAGGAGUCCGCGGUACGAAAGAACGAGAAGUACUACUAGCGCACACAGCCCGACCCCGCACACGGGGGCUCCGCAUUAAGAGUACCAGCCAUGCCCCGGCUGACGCCGGGGCACAAGGCUGUUGGGGCGGGGCAGGACUAUUUGCGGAUCGGGCCACAAUGCCACAGGCCUAAUAUGCAUAAAUGAAACAUACUGGAGUCCUGCCGCCUGUUUGCGCGGCGCCAACCCGCAGGACCACUUGCGCGCUUCCCGCGCCUGUGGGCGCUCUGCGCAGGGAGCAGCUGCAAAGGACACCGGGGGCGAACAGAAGCCGCCCGGCGCGGGAGGGUGGCGCGAGAGGGUUGCGCGAGAGGGUGCGCGAGAGGUUGGCGCGAGAGGGUGCGCGAAAGGGUUCGGGCCAGCCUAUGCAUGAAAAGGCCACAAAAGAAUCAGCCUCGUACCGGGCGGAUUCGGGUUUUUCUACCCC